AUGUUCCAUGCCAGAUCAAUGGUACACCCCUUAAUGAUAGCACGAUUUUUUGGCAUGUCUCCCUUACAGGACCUGUCGAGAGGGCCUUAUCAUCCAAGUGCUCUCAUCACCCUGUCGAUGAGCCAAUAUGUGCAUUGUGAUCCUGCCGGCGUGACCCCUUCCUGUUCACAAAUGUCCUCUGUAUUCUCCAACCCUCAUAUCAACGCUUUGAUUCUGGAUUCCGCCCAAACCCAAGGUCACACACCCUUGACCUCACCUGCCACGGUCUGCACCCCUGUGUCAAAUGUCACCACCUCGAAGAAGAGGCAGGCAUCUGUGAGUGAUCGAGGCUCAGAUGGUGAUAUCAAAGAUCAAGAAUUCCAGCAGCGCCUUGGGGCAGCUGUAGGUACCAGUGCUACCAAUGUCGAUCAGCCAGAUGACAGUCUGUGA